AUGGAAGUUGAUUUAAAAUGUAAUGUUGCUCAAUGUAGAAAAAAUUUAAUUGAUUGUGCAAAUAAUACAUUUACAUCGGCUUUAGUUUGUCCUGCUUGUGAGACCAGUCUUACUGAAAACGAUGAUAUUGUAUUCACAGAUUUAAAUCCAAAUGAAGAUUAUAAAGCUUCUGUACUAUCAGGCCUAAGACCAGAUAUUAUAGUGGAGAUUUGUUCACGUUCAUUAUCAUUUUGGACAUAUCAAACAACUCAAGAAGCUUAUUUCCAAAAAAUGUUGUAUAAAAAUUUACAAGAAAAAUGUUCACAAUUAGAAAAACAAAUGCAGUCAGUAAUAAGAGACGCACAGGAGGAAAUUGCAUCAUUGAAAUCUAAAGUACAAGCGAUACAAAAAGAUCUGGAACUAGAAAAGCACAAGAAUCAUGAUUUUGCUGAACAAUUACAAGAAAAAACACGACAAUUUUCAAAAUUACAGAUUAUGUAUGACAAAUUAAAACGUCGCUCUUUAGUCCCAGCAAUGCAACAAACAGUACAAAAUACAAAUAAUGGUGAUGGUAAUGGAAUCACUGGAAUUGGAAGUCAACAAGGAACAAAUAGAUUAUACGGUAAUCAUCCACAAUCAUGGAAUUUAAAGAAUAAUUCUCAAGAAUAUCGUCUAAAUAGUGAUCAAAUUCCAUUCGCACCAUGCAAUGUAAACGGAGGGCGUAAAAUAACUGAUGGUAAUGAUGCUAAUAAGAAUUUUCAAUCUAAUGCACACUUUCCACCAAUAAGAAAUCCUUUUGUAAUGAAAUCAAAUACCGGAAUGAGAGUGAUGGCACCAUCAGGAGGAGUGAGAUAA